AUGCGAUCCUCAUUCGUCACCUUGGCAGUUGCUGUCAGCUUCGCAGCCGCACAGCAGCUCGGCGAAAUCCCCUCAUGCGCCCAAUCAUGCGUCACGUCCUACGUCACCGGAACGAAUAUUGCAGGCUGCAAGCCGGCCGACAUUGUAUGCAUCUGCCAAAACAAGGAGUUCAUUCAGGGCAUCUCGUGCUGCCUGGAAAAGGUCUGCGACCAGGCCGAUAUUGACAAGACCAUCAAAGUGGCUACCGGCCUGUGUGCCGCCAGCGGCGUCGACACUCCCAAGCAGCUCGUCUGCUCCUCUGGCUCUGCCUCAGCCUCAGAUUCUACCGCAACUCAGACCGGAAGCUCUAGCCCUACUGCCAGUGGCUCGCAACAGAAUACGAGCGCCCCCUCUGGCAGUGCAACUGCUGCCACAACUGCUGCCACUUCGACUCACACUGGUGCUGCCGCUCCUGCUUUUGGCAACCCAGGCGGCCUUCUCGGUGCUGCUUUGGCCAUCGUUGCCGCUCUCUAA